AAUGACAGCUUAUCAAGGUUACCAAUGGUUUUUACCAGCGUGGUUUAGCAAUAAUUGGUUUGAUACCGAUUACUUUAAUACUCAGGGAGAAUCAAUUCCGUGUACCACAGAACAGAUGAGUAAAGCUAUCGAUGGUCAUAUCACUCUUACUUAUACUUUUUAUGCUGAUCCACAAAUUGUCAUGCAAGAAGGAAAGACCAUCCAGGAAUGGACAUCUACAUACAAAACUUAUGCCAGCUCCCAAAAUAGAACCAUAAGUAAAUAUGGUGGAUACGCGUAUGAUGCCGUUUGGGUUUAUGCCCUAGCUUUAGAUAAUCUGUUAAACGAAAAUGACAGCAUGGUGGCAAUUUUGCAUUCAGAUACAGUAACCAGAAAGUUUAUCUCUCUCUUAAUGAAAACUAAUUUUAUGGGAGUAUCGGGUCGUGUGAAAUUUGUUGGAUCCAGUCGACUGUUAGACAUUGUCAUUUGGCAAUGGCAUGGUAAUGUUACACGUGAAAUUGGAAGAUACAUUCCCAUCUCAGAAGAGAACGGUUCUUUAGAAAUAAAUCAAUCGGCCAUUGUUUGGUUAACGCACGAUGGUAGGCAACCAUCUGAUGGAAUGGAAGAUCCAGAAAUGUGUUCUGUUGAACAGUUUCGAGCAAUGUUGAACGUCAGCUGUGAACUUGCCCUUGUUAUCAUGAAUAUUUCCGGUUUUUCCAUAUUUGCUUUAGUAUUAUCAAUUGUUUUUAUAUUGUUGAAAAGAAGAUACGAAGAAAAAAUGAAACUAACUAAAGACAGAAUUAAGGAAUUAGGAUUAGUUGCUGCCCAUAAUCUCUUAGCAUUAGAUGAAUGGGAAAUACCGAGAAACUAUGUUGUUAUCAAUAGAAAAUUGGGAGAAGGUGCUUUUGGUACUGUCUAUGGAGGAGAAACUUUCAUAGAAUCUAAAGGAUGGGUAGCUGCUGCUGUAAAAACACUUAAAAUAGGUGCCUCAGUAGAAGAAAAGUUGGAUUUUUUGAGUGAAGCAGAUAUGAUGAAGCGAUUCAAUCAUCAUAACAUUGUUAAUUUGCUUGGUGUUUGCACCAAAGGAGAACCUGUAUACAUGAUUAUGGAGUUUAUGUUAUAUGGUAAUUUGAAAACAUAUCUUCUUAGUCGAAGAAAUCUCGUAAAAGAAAAUGAAACCAACGAAGAAGUUUCUAGCUUCUGUUUAACAAAUAUGGCUUUAGAUAUCGCUCGAGGACUUAGCUAUCUUGCAGAAAUGAAAUAUGUUCACCGUGAUUUGGCUUGUCGAAACUGUUUAGUAAAUGCCAGAAGAGUUGUCAAAAUUGGAGAUUUUGGCCUUUGCAAACCUGUGUUUGACUGCGACUGUUAUAAAUUUAAAGGUAAGAUGCCAAUCAGGUGGAUGGCACCUGAAAGUCUGUCAAAAGGAAUAUUUUCACUAAUGACAGAUAUAUGGAGUUAUGGUGUUUUGCUUUAUGAAAUGGUCACUUUUGGAAGCUUCCCGUUUCAAGGACUGUCAAAUAAUCAAGUCUAUGAACAUAUUAUAAAUGGAAAAACACUUUCUGUUCCAAAACAAUGCAAACCAGAAUUAAAAAUGUUGAUGUUGCAAUGCUGGUAUCAAAAUCCACAACAAAGGCCAAUGGCCAGCCAGAUAGUAGAAAUCUUGGCUAAUAAACCAAAUUUAAUCUCACCAUGCUUGGAUGCACCUUUGGCAAGUGUAGAAGUGGCUGAUGUUAGUUCUUCUGAGUUAGCAUUUCCAGAUCUUAAUCAAUUACAAUCACCACCACCACAUGUUUGGAUUAAACAAGAUCAGAAUCCUUUACCUAUUCCUAUUCCUACAACAGUUGAUACCACUUCAGAAGAAGAGACUGCUAAUUGUUUGGAAUCUUCACCUCUAAUGAACUGGUCGCUGAAACAUAUUAAUGGAUGUGGAAAUCAAUGUAUGCAGAUAUCACACAGUUUAGGAAGAUACCAACCUUCAGAUUCUGGUAGUUGCCAACAAAGAAAGAUCUGUUGACAACCAAUUGCUUUUGUCUUUUUAAAUAUAUAUUUUCUCAAAAAAUAUGCUUGGUUUUGGUAUAUUUUU